AUGUCGUUGGAUGUUACUCAAAUACUCUUGAGUGCGCAAUCUGCUGAUGGCUCGAUUAGGAAGCAUGCUGAAGAAAGCCUCAAGCAGUUUCAGGAGCAAAACCUCCCAGGUUUCUUGCUCUCCCUCUCAAGUGAGUUGGCCAAUAACGAGAAACCUGAAGAGAGCCGCAGGUUGGCUGGUUUGAUCCUUAAGAAUGCACUGGAUGCAAAGGAGCAGCACAGGAAGAGUGAACUUUUCCAGAGAUGGCUGGCACUGGAUGCUGGUGUCAAGGCACAAAUUAAAGCGUUGCUGCUGCAAACUCUCUCAUCUCCUGUUGCAAGUGCCAGAUCUACAUCUUCUCAAGUCAUCGCAAAGAUUGCUGGCAUUGAGAUCCCUCAGAAGCAAUGGCCUGAGCUUAUAGGAUCAUUGCUCUCAAACAUACAUCAGGUCCAGCCUAAUGUCAAGCAGGCGACGCUCGAGACACUUGGCUAUUUAUGUGAGGAAGUUUCUCCAGAAGCUGUUGAUCAAGACCAAGUCAACAAGAUACUUACAGCUGUUGUUCAAGGUAUGAAUGCUUCUGAAGGGAACUCUGAAGUGAGACUUGCAGCCACACGGGCAUUGUAUAAUGCAUUGGGCUUUGCUCAGGUUAACUUCUCCAAUGACAUGGAGCGUGAUUAUAUCAUGAGAGUCGUAUGCGAAGCAACACAGUCACCAGAGGUGAAGAUAAGACAGGCUGCCUUUGAGUGUUUGGUGGCUAUUUCAUCAACUUAUUACGAUAAGCUGGCCACAUACAUGCAGGACAUAUUUAAUAUUACUGCAAAGGCCGUGAGAGGAGAUGAGGAGUCAGUUGCACUUCAGGCCAUUGAAUUUUGGAGCUCCAUAUGCGAUGAGGAAAUCGACAUUUUGGACGACUACAGUAGUGAGUUUACAGCUGAUUCUGAUGUUCCUUGCUACUAUUUUAUCAAGCAAGCUCUUCCUGCUUUAGUGCCAAUGCUGCUGGAGACUCUCCUGAAGCAGGAGGAAGACCAAGACUUGGAUGAAGGUGCUUGGAACCUUGCAAUGGCUGGUGGUACUUGUUUGGGCCUGGUGGCGAGGACUGUUGGUGAUGACGUUGUUCCUCUUGUGAUGCCUUUUGUUGAGGAGAACAUAACGAAACCUGAAUGGAGGCAAAGAGAGGCUGCAACAUAUGCUUUUGGAUCCAUUCUGGAGGGUCCAUCAGCUGAUAAACUGGCCCCUCUAGUUAACGUAGCCUUGAAUUUUAUGUUGUCUGCGCUGUUGAAGGACCCAAAUAACCAUGUGAAGGACACCACUGCUUGGACCCUCGGAAGAAUAUUUGAGUUUCUUCAUGGUUCUGCGCUUGAAACUGCUCCUGUUAUUACAGCUGAGAACUGCCAGCAAAUACUUACUGUGCUACUUCAAAGCAUGAAGGAUGUCCCAAAUGUGGCAGAAAAGGCAUGUGGGGCACUCUAUUUCCUUGCACAAGGCUAUGUGGAUGCUGGAUCGGCGUCACCAUUAGCCCCUUUCUUCCAAGAUAUUAUUCAGAGCCUUAUUGUGACCAGUCACAGAGAAGAUGCUGGAGAAUCCAGGCUGCGUACCGCAGCUUAUGAAACUCUAAAUGAAGUUGUCAGGUGCUCUACCGAGGAGACAGCUCCUAUUGUUUUGCAGCUGAUACCAGUGAUUAUGAUGGAACUCCAUCAGACACUUGAAGCAGGAAAGUUGUCAACUGACGAGAGGGAGAAGCGGAGCGAUCUGCAGGGCCUUCUCUGUGGUUGCUUGCAGGUCAUUAUCCAGAAGUUGGGAGGGAUGGAGUCAACAAAGUUUGCCUUCUUGCAGUAUGCGGAUCAGAUGAUGGAUCUAUUUUUGAGAGUUUUUGCUUGUCGAAAUGCCACGGUGCAUGAGGAGGCUAUGCUUGCUAUUGGUGCAUUGGCAUAUGCAGCCGGUUCAAACUUCGCAAAGUACAUGGCGCAAUUCUACCAGUACUUGGAAAUGGGACUUCAGAACUUUGAAGAGUAUCAGGUAUGUGCUAUUACAGUGGGUGUUGUGGGUGACCUGUGCAGGGCACUGGAGGACAAAAUUUUACCCUACUGUGACGGCAUCAUGACCCAGCUCCUGAAAGAUCUUUCCAGCAAUCAGUUACACAGAUCUGUAAAACCACCUAUAUUCUCGUGCUUUGGUGAUAUUGCACUGGCAAUUGGGGAGAACUUUGAGAAGUAUUUGAUCUAUGCGAUGCCCAUGCUACAAAGUGCAGCAGAUUUGUCGGCGCAUGCAACUGCAGCUGAUGAGGAAAUGCUCGACUACACCAAUCAAUUAAGGAAUGGCAUCUUGGAGGCCUACUCUGGCAUUCUUCAAGGAUUCAAGGGUUCCCCUAAGAUGCAGUUACUGAUGCCGUAUGCCCCACAUAUUCUUCAGUUCCUUGACGCUCUUCAUAAUGGCAAGGAUAUGGAUGAUUCUGUGAUGAAAACUGCAAUAGGUGUCUUGGGAGAUCUGGCAGACACAUUGGGUGUUCAUGCUGGUCCCUUGAUCAAUCAAUCGACCUCAAGCAAGGAAUUUUUGGAUGAGUGCUUAUCAUCCGAUGAUCCUCUGGUCAAAGAAUCAGCUGACUGGGCAAGGAUUGCAAUCAGCCGUGCAGUUUCAGGUUGA